AUGAACGAUUCUCUCGAGGAGAACAUCUCAACAUCGACUCCAGCUGCCACAAUGAGCCCCGAUCAAAUGGCCAUGGUGUUAGCUUUCUACAAUGAAACUGUUGCUUUUGAGCAAAUGAUUGGUAUCAUCAUUCCAUCGAUCUUUGCCUUGAUUAUUCUUAUCGGCGUUGUGGGUAAUGUGCUGGUGGUUGUGGUGGCACUGCAUCGACAAAUGAGAAAUAGCACGAAUACGUUGAUCAUCGGACUUGCCGUCUCGGAUUUGAUGUUUCUCCUGCUAUGCAUCCCAUUCACGGCAAUCGAUUACGCGAUGCCCGUUUGGGUGUUCCCAGAAUGGACUUGCUCGAUGAUCAACUAUUUUCAACAUAUUUCCGCCUAUUUCUCUGUGUGGACGCUCACAUUGAUGGCGUUGGAUCGAUUUUUGGCCGUUUGUUUUUCCCGU